AUGUAUGCAAAGAGUUGCAGUCGACUCCAACUGCCAGGAAUUCGCGCAUAUGGCUUCAUGAUUUUGUUAGAUAUUCCAAAAGCACUAUCACCUACAAUGACAUGCUCAACUGGAGUAGUUGUUCCAGGUAGAGGCUUCGGUCCUGCAAAACUGAUUCAACAAAGAUGGAAAACAGCUAGAGAUGCAUAUUUUAGAACAAAAAACGCUAUGAAAAAACACCUUCUGGAAGUGCUGCACCAAAGUACAAAAAGUGUAUAA